AUCAUCGUCCAUCGUACGAACGUACUAAGUCGAUGGUACCAUCGACGGCGACGGCGGAUGUACGGUGAGCCUCGACCCGGCUUGGCCGCUUACGCCAUCAGGCUGUCGCCACCAAGAGGGGAGGAGGUCUGUCUCGCGUGCCAUCACACAUCAAUGGUUCAGCUGGGAUGCCGGCCAUGGAAUCUCAGUCUGACGAGCGUGAUCAUCUUGGCGCUGUCGAACAUGCUGCUGACAUUUCUGCUGUUGCAAUCGGAGACUUGUGCGCCAGAAGCGAUCCCCCGGGAAGUGGAUAUGAGCGCCGUCACCGAAUGGAAUCUAGGAACUCUCGUCAAGCACGAGCAACAAUCAGAAUGCAUCACGCAGGAUUACCAGCCCACGUCACCUGACGUUAACAGCCUCAAGCUGGACAUUAAGCUCGGUAGAUGGGACGCCCGGCGGAUAUUCCGGAUGUUCGACUCGGCGCUGGUCGGCAGCAGGUUCACGGAGCUUUCGCAGACGUAUCGGGUGUGUCUGGCUACCCAGAGCUCCGUGGAAAAAUUACACUCACUGGUACAAGUCGCCUUGCACUGGACCGGUCCGAUGUCCGUAGCGCUCUAUGCUGCCGGUGAUGAAGAAUUCGAGGUACUGCAGCUUUAUCUGGUGUACCUGAGGAAGUGCUACGAAUCUAUCAGAGAGAGAGUGCUCUUCUCUCUGGCCGUGCCGAAAAUGCGAACACCCAAGAAGCAGCCGCGCGGUUUCGAACUGCCGGACAGUAUCGAUUGUGCCAAACCGGAAGCCACCCUCAACGAGUUUAUGAGCCGCGUGCCCAAUGAGCAGACCAAUUGGCGAAUACGGAAUGUGUAUCCGCAGAAUCACAUGCGGAACUUGGCGCGUAAAAACUGCCAGACGGACUACGUGUUUUUAACGGACGUCGAUAUCGUUCCGAGCUUCAAUCUGACGGUCGUUCUCGACGAGUUCCUUAGGAACGACAACUGUGAUAAGUGCGCCUACGUAAUACCCACGUACGAGUUGGACACGCGCGUGAGGUUUCCUCCAAAUAAGACGGAACUGAUUAGGCUCGCUAGAAAAGGCUUGGCCAGGCCGUUUCACCAGAAAGUCUUUAUACAUAAUCAAUUUGCCACGAAUUUUACAAGGUGGCUGGGGGACGCGUCACCGAAUCAUGUACAUCACGAAAAUGUGAAGACGGGUAAGGUGUACAUUAGUCAUGACGUGACGAAUUUCGAAUUCCUUUACGAGCCAUUUUACGUAGCGAAGGAUAUCGUACCGCCCCACGAUGAGAGGUUUAUGGGAUACGGAUAUACAAGGAAUACUCAGGUUUACGAGAUGUACGUGACGGGUUAUCAGUUCAAGGUACUAUCACCGGUAUUUACGGGCCACUGGGGACUACAGACCAGGAAGACCAGGCCCGCUUGGCGCGAGCGUCAAAACAGUGCCAACAGGAAACAAUUCGAGACGUUCAAAAAGGAAGUGUUUGCUCGUUACAUGCGAGAUCCGCUGAAAAUGAUGAAGAACGCCAACUGACGAAAGGCUCAUCGAGGAUCUCAUUGACUUGAGACUCCUCCGUUAUUUAAGUUCGUCCUUAUAGACUUAACAUCGAGGAAU